AUGGACCACAGCGACGAUGGUAUUGUGGAGGACGUGGACGACUUCCUCCCCGGCAGUCCGAUGGCCCAUCGCGGGCCCACCAUGCGUGUCUGUCGUCUUCCACCGCCGCGCCCGGAGGGUCGACAGAAGCCGGCCGAUGUCGUGCCGGAUGUUGGAGCUGGCCACUUGGACAUUCGACACACCUCCGGUAUUCAGGAGGCCCCCACACUUAAUGGAGACGAUGAUGGCUUUAUUAUGUCCCCACGGCUGAGAAAGAAGAAGGAAGAGGCAAAGUUAAAGAAAUUGGCAGCCAAUGGAGUGACGAAUGCGGGUGCUAAAGGUGGUGGUCGAACUUCCCUCGGAGGGAGCAGUACUGCCUUGGGAACAACGGGGAAUGUCAGUAAACCCAUAUCAAAUACAGGAGCAGUGGGCCAAGGAAAGAAAGAAGAGAAACCGUUAGGUGCAAUUGUUAAACCGUUAUCUCAAUUGCCUGAACAGAAGGGGGAAGAUAAGGAAGACAGAAGGUAUUCUAAUACUAUGUGGAAUGAAUUUUGCCGCACAGGGUAUGAUCCACUUUUGGGAAGAGGCUUUAGCAUCGUUGAUGCAAAACCUUUAACUAAAGCCAAUAUUGAUGCAAAACCUUUAACUAAAGCCAAUAAUGUACAACCAAAGAAAAGUAUUGAUAUUCCCAUUCAUGAGGAGGCAUCUGCAGUUUCCGAAGAUAUAGAUGAUUUUUUGCCUGGGAGUCCUCUCAAACGUGACCUUCGUGCACCCUUGCCUCGUCAUGAUCGCAAACCUCCUAAGGUAGGGGGAAAGGUAAAUAAAUGUGCAACUCUACCAAGCCUUCUAAUACCUGAUUUUACACUACCUGGUAGCACUUUGAAUGAUACAGUUGAUGCUUCCCCGCAUCCAACUGAAACGCGAUCGCUUUUUCAAGAGAGAACGAAUAAAGACCCUAUUAUGCCUCGCAACACUUCUAGUGCUGGAGCAGAAAAACACUCAGGUCUGUCAGGACACUCAGAUGCGAUGCCGAAAGAGAAUUUUCCACGACAAACCUACAGACGACCGAAUCAUCGUUCCUCAAUGGCACAGAAUCGCAGAGAAUCUGUAACACGUAUGUGUCAUGUGCCUAAUCCCAAUUCUUCAGGGUCAUUGGCCCCCCAUCCUAUAAGGAACCGCAGAGAAUCUAUGAGGAGAAGUUUAAACUCUACUCGAAGUGAUGUCAGUGGCACAACCACUGGGGGAGUAAACGGAAAGAUCAUAACUGGAAGUGAAAAUACGAAUGGUCAGCAUCGUAUAAACCCUACUAAUAUAAAAAAAUCCGAUGUAACAAAUGACUAUGAAGAUCAUCUUAAUUUGAUUUCUCCUCGAUUACGUCAAAAAGUUGAGGAGAGACGUAUGGCUGAAAAUGAGUCGAAACAAAAUCCUGAGUUCAAAGGUACAAAAUUGCCAAGAACGAGACGAGUUCAACGACAAUCCUUCCUCUAUGAUGAUUAUGAUGGUGAAAAUGGCGUUGAUGUACCACAACGCCGUGGCUUAAAUAAUGAUGGAGGUGAAAAACUUUUCCCAGCUAUAAACAGAGGACCAGUUGUUCGGUAG